AUGUAUUCCACCUCCAUUUCCACUCUCACGUUCUUUGCUUCUUCCGUCCUCAUCAUCUCAGCCUUAUUCCACCCAUGCUCCGCCACAAUCCCGCGGAAACUAGCCCUUGUACAAACACCAGCCACUGUCCUCAAAUACCACAAAGGAUCAGUUCUUCAUGGCAAUAUCACCGUUAACCUCCUUUGGUACGGCAAAUUUUCUGCCAUCCAGAAAACCAUAAUCAUUGAUUUUCUUGAAUCACUCAACUCCCACCUCCCAACUCCUCCCUCCGCCGCGGCAUGGUGGCAAACCACAGCGAAAUACAAAGGUGGGUUGCGGAGUAUUCAGCUAGGGAAACAGACAGUGGACGAAAAAUGCUCGCUUGGGAAAUCACUUAAAGAUUCUCAUCUCAUUUAUUUGGCUUCAAAAAAUAAAGGUUUUAAUCAAAUCAGCUUGGUGUUGACGGCAGCCGACGUCGGUGUCGCUGGGUUUUGCAUGAACCGAUGUGGGACUCACGGGUCAACUCGGGUGAACAAGGGCCAUAACUUUGCGUACGCGUGGGUUGGUAACUCGGUGACACAGUGUCCGGACCAAUGCGCCUGGCCCUUUGUUCAACCGACAUUUGGUCCGAAAAUGCCGCCGUUGGUGGCGCCAAAUGGUGACAUCGGCGUCGACGGCAUGGUGAUUAACAUCGCGACGGUUAUGGCGGGAACGGUGACGAACCCGUUUGACGGCGGGUAUUUUCAAGGUCCGGCCACUGCUCCGUUGGAAGCAGUUACUGCAUGCACCGGAAUAUUCGGGUCGGGUGCGUUUCCUGGGUACCCGGGAAAGGUCUUGGUGGAUAAGAAGACGAAGGUUAGCUAUAAUGUGCAGGGUGUUAAGGGGCGUAGGUACUUGUUGCCGGCUAUGUGGGACCCUGACACUUUGACGUGCAAAACACUUGUGUGA